CACAUGUGGCGAUCGCUUCGCAAUGGACCGCGGAUGAGUUCUCGAGCCGCGCGAACGGUGCAAGUCCGACUACAGGUGAGUCCUACUCAGUGGCAGCUGCACACCAACACGACUUCUCACCGCUUCUUGAUCUCCUGCCAUGGUGUGUGUUGCAGAAUGACAUCCUCAUGAAGUGAAAACAUUCCGCUUCUCACACCCACCCGUAGGCAAGCUGCAGCACGCCACGCCUUGUCUGUGUGCUAUGUGUCAUCCGUAUUGCGCGCAGGUCGUUCGUCGGCCGUUCGUCGCUGAUGCCCCGGUUUCCUCUUCACCGGCUCUCGCGGCAUCUCUCACCCCUUCGCCGCCUCGCCAGCAGCAUCCAACUCACGGCUGACGGCCGACGCGUGUGGCAUGCACUGCCCGCAUCCCAGCGGCUGCCCGUCGCGCGCCACCUGCACGAGAGGCAGCAGGACGUGACAUCAUUUCCGCGUGAGGAUCAGGUGGAGCUGUUUGCCGCCCUCGCGAUGGUCAAGGUGAAGCAUGCCACCGUCAUGGUAUUGGAGCAGCAGCUGGCGGCGCGCGAGCAUGCACUGGGAGAGGCGACAAAGCGCGUGAUGGAUGCCGUCCAGCAAAGCAAAGAGGCGACAGGCCGGCUCAAGGCUGCCGAACAGCAGCUUACAGAUCAAGAAGCGGCUAUCUCAAGCACCCAGGUGCAGCUGGUGGAGUGCAACGAGGCGCUGAAAAAGAAUACCAAGAGCCUGGCAGACGCUCAGGACAGCAUCAAGAGCCAGAAAGAGGCAGCAGGAAAGGCUGAGGGUACCAUCAAGGACAAGAAUGACCGGCUGAAGGAUACUCAACAGCAGCUGGCAGAUCGAGAAGCCACUGUCUCCAGCCUCAAGGAGCAGCUGGCCGCCGCUCAGUCUGUUCCGCUCAUUCUGAGUUGAUGAAUAUCGGUCUGUCUGACGAUGUGUGCUAUACAAUAGCCAGUGAGGUUUGUCGUGCGGUUUUUCGUGCACUUUUUCCCGAUGUAUGACAGCUGACCGUUGUAUGUAAUUCCUCUCGGUCCACACACAAAUGCACACAUCACACCUGACUAUCAAGGCGAUGAAAUGAAUGAGGUCCCUUUCAGCUGGCAGCAAGAGAUUUGUCCCACCACCCACCCUCUCCCGCACACAUACACACACACACCCAUGCACCCAGAAAUGGCUGCGAUAGAUACCUGACGUUGGCGCGCGGAAGAAAGAGAGCGAAUUGACAC